GAGCGCUUUCAAGGAAAAGCCCCUCACAUGACGACGCUCCUUCAAAUGACUCCCAGGCUUCUGGCCAUGAGAAGUUCUCUCUCAACAAGACUUCUGAUAAGACCAAACACAUCAACUCAACUAUGGACCUUCAAGCAGUACCCCGUUCUAAACUCUCUCCGCACCAAUCACCAUAGUACAGAAAAUACAUCACUUUGCUCUAGCCAGGGAACUAUGGUGGCUUCCACGCCCAAUACAAUCGUAGGGAUUUUUCUAGUUUUAAUUUCGCAUGUGCUUAUAUGCUUAUAGGUCAAGAACAAGAUGUUGAGGUGUUUGAAGAGGAGAUUUAGACCGGGAAAUGAGAAAUGGAAGGCGAGGCAAACACAUCCUUGGGCAGUAGUAAUCUUAGCCACGCCCCAAUUCGCAGCUUGGCUUGAAGAACCGACCUUCAUCUCCGAUGUUCUUGUAAAUUUGACAAAACCUCAGACUGAAGGAUUUCCACCACUCGAGCUUGACGUUGUUUGCGCCUGUGUAGACAAGGUGGCUUUCACCGUCGAUUUUCUCCGAUCUGCUUCGGCAGAACAGUCGCGAGAUCGAUCAGGGAUUUCUAUUCUCCAGGGCCGAUCAGACUUACUGCUCCCUGGCCUUUGGGAUGAUGAAGUUAACUCACAAACCCAUACAACGGAGUUGCUAUCUACAAUCACUGUGGCAUCGAGCCAAGAUGACUCUAUCAAGAACUCUAUCAAGAUUGACAUACCUUUGGCCAACACCUUAUUUACAAAUGGAAGGAAAUCAACACUCCUUAUUUCGAGAUGGCAGCAUAAACAACCAGAAUCCAACGAGAGAUCGUUUGUACAAAUCAUGUCAGCGGAAAAGCUUAAUCAGGUUGUGAAUGCCCUGGGUGACAUGGCAAUAGAUAGGCCUCAUAUGCUGAUUAGUGUCACCCCUUUGACUCCAGCCCGACCAAUAACUAGUGGACUUGGAAAUAUUGUACGCCAGAUCGACUUUGGAAACAACAAUAUCGGACCUGCAUCUCGUGAGCUGGAGGCAGUUGUCAAUAAGCGAAUAGAGACUCUACUGGAAAAAAGAAAGAAGUUCAAUGUGUGGGCAUUGAUAGUGCCCGAAGCCAUUGUCAGUCAAGCUAGUCCGGAAAUGCAAAAGCACUUAAGCCCUGUUGAUGAGGGAAGCGAACUCCUAGAUCUCGAUGGGGGGACCGUUGCUUACUGGGUGAAUAAGGGCGCUAAAUUCUGUCGGGUUGGUAAGUUCUGCAACUAUCGCAAAUUGAGUCUGAAUUUUGCUGAUUUGUUUUAUAGUCAGUGGGGGUGGAGGCUGGGGCGAUAAGCAAGGCCUUCUCUCGUUAGAUCCACAAACAACCCAUUCUCCCAUUGAGAAUUCGGCACUGGAGUUUCCCAAUCAAACGAUCGAAGAGCAAAAGACCUCAGCUCUUGGAAACAUAGCUGAGCCUGGUUCACUCAUACAAUUCUUUAUCAGAAGAAAAAGCUUUGAACGAAUGUCCAGAUUACGACGCAGUGUGCAGGAUCCUUUCGCAAAGAGCGUAGUUUUUGGUACAGUCAUGGAUACAGUCGAUACUACAGAGGAGAAGGUUUUUGAGAAUGACGAAAAAAUGGUAUUUUGCGCGGGAUUGUUUGGAUUCCAGUCAAGUUCAGGCAUGUUUCUACGGCAGAGACCUCAGCCAGAUGGAUUGGAAUUCACCACGAAAAUCGACAUGCCUGCUUCUUUUGUGUAUUCAUACGACAAGGGUGCUUCUAUAGGUUACAACAUGCGUGGAGGUACGGGGUUCUCGAACCGAGGAAACAGGCACAUCCCCAUUCUCAUGAGCGACUGAUCAAGAGUAGAAGAAUGCAUACAUCGCAGGAUGCUUUUUCAUACGGAAGUCUCACACAAUCACGUUGAUUCUGAGUCUUUAGUAACGUUGCUGAAGUUGUACAACAUUACUGUAAAUAUUUGAGCUGUAUCACUAUAUCCGAGAAUAGGAAUCGUGUAAGAGAGGCAGGCAUUACUCCGUACACCACACCUAAGUUAUAAAAAUAUUAUACUAAAG